AUGUCGUUGUUCAAGACGAAAGAGUGGUGGCGAACGAGGUGCGGGGCGAACGAAACGUUCGACAGGCACAGCUUGCUGGCAGCGCCGUUAUUUGGAAAGGAGAGGCAGGACAUCCUGGUGGUGGGAAGCCACGAUGGUUACCUGAGAAUGUACAGCCCGUCGUCGCAAUGGGUGGACGAGACAAAGUCGCCGACCAACUACAAGUCGACGGACCUGAUGAUCGAGACUCGGUUGGACGAUUGCAUCGUGGACUUGAAGGCGGGCAGAGGCUCGCAAGAUUUACGGCUGGCGGUGUUGACGGCCUCCAAGUUGACGGUGUUCGACGUGGCUCUGGUCGAGGAAUCCAGCGAAUACGGCUUGCCUCUGGGGGAUCGUUGCGAGCUGAAGAUCGCCUACGAGCACCGGCUGCCGAGGUUCCCAGCCUCGUUGACGGUGGGACCAUUCGGCGGCGUUCGCGGCAGAGACUUUUUGUGCGUUCAGUGCCUGGACGGGACGCUCCUGUUCUACGAGCAAGAGGUGUUUGCGUUCGCUCAAGCGACGAGGAAUCGAUUGCUGGCCGAGCCGAUCGUGUACGUCCCGCGAUACGAUUUGUUCGUCGCCGCCAGCUCCUCCUGGUGUCUCGAGUGUCACAGGCACGUGCUAGCUCGUCGCGGCACCAGAGUCGUGUACCAAAGCAUGGCCGAGUGGUCGAGAAACAAGAAGGAACGGAUCGACGCGAACAACGCCAACAACAAUCUCGAGCCAGAUUCGACGUACAACGUCGGCGAAGCGGUUCUCGGUAUCGAGGUUGUCACUCUGAGCAGCUUCGAGGUCGGGAUCGUGGUUCUCGGCGAGAGACACCUCUACUGCCUCAGGGACAAUUGCACGUCGGUCAAGUACGCCAAGAGGCUGGAGUACAAGCCGCUUUGCUUUCGAGCUUACGUUAUCGAGCCGGACGGCAAGUUGAUGGUGCUGGUGAUCGCCGACACGAGCACUCUGAUGAUCUACGAGGGUAGCACGCUCAGAUGGUCGGCCCAGCUGCCGUUCGCACCCGUCACCGUCGCCAGAGUUCAACUGGAGCACCUGCACGGCGUGAUCGUGAUCUUGUCGGCGGACGGUCGACUGGAAGCUUGUUAUCUGGGCUCGGAGCCGAGCUUGUUCGUCGCGCCGCCGCUUCAUCCACGUGGUUACGAUUACGCGGCCGCCGAGCGAGAGUUGUCGGAGCUGCGAGCUACCGUGUCGAGCAAGAGCAAACAGACUGAGGAUCGAACCAGCGACGCCGGGACGGACGCUGAGUUGAUGGUGUCGGUGAACGCGUCGCUCGACUCGGAUCGUCCGGAGAUCGAGAGGGAGAGCGAGGCCGAGGUCGAGUCGCGACCGAUCUGCAACGUGGCGAUCGAGCUGUCCUCGUACGCGACUCUCGACGACGUUCAAGUGUGCGUCGACGUUUCGAAACCGCUGCUCGUCACCGACGAUUUCUACGCUCUAACGAGUCUCUGUGAGUCGAUCUCUCGCGAGGAUCGCUCGCCGAUCAACGGCGAACGACACGUGACCAAGAUUCAAGUGUACCUGGAUAGAGAUUGGCCAGUUUUCUCGUUGGACGUCUCGGUGACGGUGACCUAUCGAACGGACGCGGGUGUUCUGAGAGUGGUGCGAAAGACCAGCCAACUGCCUCUGAAGACCGUGCUGAGAAGCUGCCCUCCGGACAGCUCGGCCUCUUUUGUCACCGUGGUGAAGAGCGACGCUCCUCCGCUUGCCUUCACCCAGCUCUUUCCCGAAUUCAGCGCGGACCAGUGUCAGAGGCAAGGAUGGAACGCGCUGGGGUUGCGGCAGGUGCACACUGGCCAGAAGGUGACGGUGGUGUCUGGGAAUCGGUAUCGAGUGCAGUCCAACGACGGCUCGUUCUCCGUGCUGGUGGUUCGUCGACUGAUGGACAGAUGGAGGGGCAAGAGCGAGGGGAAAGCGACGGUCGAGGCGUCGAGCGUCGGGCAGAAUCACAUGCGAUCGGUGCAUCGACGGAUAGACGAGCAUUUCGCGGCUCGGCGAGAGAUCGACAGGAUAACGAACGAGAUCGGGCUGCUGACCAGCCAGCUGAGGAACGUGGAGAGAAGGAUGCUGCGAGCCGCGAGGGAAAGAAACGAGGGGUCUCUGGCCGACACCGGCUUGCCGUUUCUUUUCGAUCGCACCUGUCGCGCGAUCUUUGCCCUCCUCGAGGAUCUCGCGAAAGCGCGAACUGUGCGAGAACGAGCGGGCCACGAGCUUCGAUGCUCGGUGGAGUUGUUGCUGCUCGUGACGACGAGGUGGAACGCGAGCGACGACGAGAGGUACGAGGCACUGCGGGCAGCGAUCGGCUUCGAGCCUCGUGCGUCCGAUCGACUGGAUUGGGAGGAGAUGGCCGAUGCGGCGCUGGCAGCUUUGCUCAAGUCCACCUCGAGGAAGUCCGCGACCAGCUCGGAGACGAUGAGCUCGCCCGCGUGGAACGCGCUCACCCCUAUCGCCUCGAGCAGGGAGCUGAGCAAGCUGAAGACGCGGCUGGCGCACGCGAUUGGCCGACUGGCGGGCGCCAGGGAAUCCGACAUCGCCGAGAUGGAGGCCAACGAUGGCAACGAGCACGUCGUCGAGUUAUCCGCUUAA